AUGAAAUAUUCAUACUACCAUGAGUGGAGGCGGCGAUCAGUCUGCGCCUCCAGAGAAGCUCAUGAUGUAAUUCCUGCAUGCAGACAUCAGGAUUUCUCUGUCAAUAACAUCCUGACUCCAGGAAGCGAUGCUGAGGUGCUCCGUGUUCCCGUGCAGUGGAAACUUCCACGCACCGCCCGGGUCCCGUGCAGACGGAGCGAGCCGCCCGCCGAUCAGCUUCUCAGUGUUUACCUGCCGUCUGACAGGCAGUGCGCUUCAGCACAUCUCCCAGGUUCACAGUGUGUGACUUGUUCGAGCUCUGAGAUCUUCCAGAAAGCCGAACCACCUGUUGUAUCCCCGGCAGACGCAGACAGACGAAUGUUUAGAGCCGGCUCCAUCAUGCUGCUCCGCGCUCUGCUGCAGACUUCGCUGGUUCUCUGGCUGGCUCAGCAAACUCUGCAAGGAGGAGUUAGUCCUCAAAAUGUUGCCUUUGGGAGAGCGCUGCCAGUUCGAGGUGUUGGCAUUGGAGUGAAACCUGGAGUUACUGAAGCCCUGGGAGCCGUAGGCAACCGAUACGGCACAAAAGCAAUGAAGACUGGAAUUGGACGUUAUCCUGCGGCUCAUCUCGGUGUUGGAGGAUACAGAUCUCUGGGACUGGGAGGAAGAGGAGGCCUGAAGCCCGGUGGAUAUGGAUCCCCGGCGGGAUACGGCGCCAGUCUGGGAACGGGAAUGGGACUGGGCACUGGGCUUACCAACGGACUGGGACUGGGCCAGGCAGGAAAACGUGUCUAUGGUGCAGGCCUCGGCCAACUCCCAGGAUAUGGAGCUUUCCCUGGGCUUGGCUACCAAGGAGUUCGGCCAGGUUACAUCGGAGGGGCAGGAAACUAUCUGGGCGCUGCAGGUUACAGAGGAGGUUUAGGACAAGGCGCUUAUCUGGGCGGUGCUGCUGGAAAACUUAGUGCUGCUGCUGCGCUUGGACAGGGCGCGUAUCCACAAGGCGUUGCAGGGAAAUCAAACGGAUACGGUGAUGGAGUGACAGGAUAUCUUGGUGCCAUGGCGGGUAACGGCUUCGGUUAUGGAAACGGAUACGGUGAUGGUUACGGAGCAGGGCUUGGUUACCCUGCAGACUUAGCUGAUGGUGCUGAGAGCAAAUCAGGAAAGAUUGAAGCUCUCAGUACUGGUGGCUACGCUGGACCGGUCCAGGGUGGAUAUGGAGGACUCGGUACGGGGCUGGAAUCAGUUGGUGGUAAAUAUGGAGGAGCCGCUCAGGUUCCUUAUGGAAAUGCUCCGGUGAUCCCUGCUGGACUGGAAGGCGACGGCGGAUACCCGUAUGCAGCUCAGCAGCUCGGCCUUGCAGCUGAAAGCGCCAAAACCGCCAGCAAAUACGGUGCUGGUGCAGGAUUUGGGACCCAGCAAACAGGUUUCGGCGCAGCGCUCGGAGCCUCUCAGGAUGCUCUGGUGGAUCAGACUGGUAAAUAUGAUGGACUGAGUGCCGGCCUUGGUAACAGUUACAAAGGUUAAGAAAAUGCAGCCCUCUGUAGGUGGAUCAUCUCUAUAUUUCCAAUGUAAUGCAUUAAUGCAGAGUUUUAUUCCUUCUGUUUGAUGUUUGUUGUAUGUUUCUAUAUUUCUCCAUUUAUUUGUCUUGACCUUGCAAAGCCUGCUGUACCUUGUGAUCUGUUUUAUUUCGUCAACGUUUCUGUCAGAUGAACAUAAAUAGAUGCAGAGAGCAAGAAAUGUGUUUAUGUUUUGUAAAUCAAGAUUAGCCUGAUGAUCUUAUUGUUUCGGUCGAAUAAGUCAUCAUGUGAUGUUGAAUAAAACAGAAACUUUGAGUCAA